GCGCAGCCCCAGCGGGCCCAGAAGAGCCGGUGCCGGGAGGGCGAGGGGAGCACAGUCGGCUCCGUCCCCACCUUGCGCACAGCCGGGAGACCAGCAGGCCCAGCCUCUGGGGAGGACAGCAGGGGAACCGGGGGCCCCCACGUUCUAGCGGGCACCUGUCCCUAGGCCGCGGUCCGCUGGCUUGGAGCACUCACCUGCUCCGGACCUACGGGGACGGGGGCAACGGUGACAUUUGCCCAAGAAGGGCAGCCGUGGGUAAACUCCACUCCAAAGCACGGCUCUGGGCCCAGGCUGAGGCCUAGGGUUGAAUCCACUUGUGCUGGCGGCUGGUGUUCUCCGGGAGGCCCAUAAUCGCACUGGGUCUCAGUUUCCCCAGGUAUUCCCCCUAGGAGAAUGCCCCCUCAACAGGGCAAGAGUUGGAAAGCGCUGGGCCGGACGCCGAGAAGAAUCUCAGCUCCCGGCCUUGGGGGCAGCACUUCGGGACAGGCCUGCCCUCCCAGGAUGAGAGGAUGGCCUCCUGGCCAGGGGACGCAUGGGGGCGUGGACAAGGCAAAGGUGACCCUGCCAGGGAGCACCCAGCGCUCGGGUUGGUAGUCAUGGGGCCUUUGCGUGGGACUCACAGUGUGGCGGGGAAAGUUCGGUAAUGACGACAUUUCUCACCAGUCCUCAAAAGCCAUUCUCAGCCCCAGACACCUUGGCCUCGGAAAACGGAACCGCUUUCAAAAUUAACACCCCCAUUUCCUGCUACAGAGAGGAACCCCCAUUUUGCAGAGGCGCACUGCGAGGUCGCGGGUGGUUAAAUGGUGCGCCCUUGUUGAUGAAGAUGCCUUGCUCUCUUUCACUCUCUUUAUGUGUGUUUAAUGUUGUGUGUUGCGUUCUCUGUUGAGCGAAGGAUAAACACGGGCCUUUUCAGGCAACCGGCGGAAUAAGGCGGCCAGCAUCGGAUUUUCCCAUGCGUCAAGGUGGAGCACCCUGCAGGGCUUACUGCAGGCCCCAGAGUCAAAAUGAGGAUGCAAUGCUACACCAAAAGGCAAAUGUACUCUGGGGAGCCACUCUCACCCUCUACCCCUGGGGUAGAGCCCUAGGAUUGGAGGACUGGAGGACUGGAACAAGAUCUUAGUCCUGAGGGCCGUUGAAGCAGCCUUUAGUGGUUGCGCAGGGGCCCCACUUUUCCCGAAGUCUUAAAACCUGCUCCAAAUGCCAGAUCCGGAGAAAGGGGCCGAACCUUGGGCCCGCCGCCCUCUCUUGUAAGCCGCGCCCCAACAGCUUGGUAAGGAUGCUUACAUAUGAAGGUAGGGACCUUUCUUGGAAUGAGCCACAAGCGAUGGUUUUGCCAUUCCGGACGGUGCUGGUUCACUCCGUCCCCGGAGCCGACACGGUUCUGCGCACACGCUGGGCGCCGGAGAAACAUGGAGCACUAAACGCCUGCCCAGGCACUCGGAUUCAGCGAGCUUGACCGGUGUCCCCAUCACCCGCCGCUGGCCAGAGCAGUCUUUCCUACUCCCUUCCCUCCGCUCCUCCCGCCCUACACAUGUGCUACCUUUCCCCGCCUCCCCCACGCGCCCAGCACAGUGGUUUCUGCUUGGCUGUUCCCUUGUCUCCGAGAUGGUCUCUUCCCUCCUGCUUGCCUUACACAUUCUCCCACACACGAGCGCGGGAUGCUCCUGUCGAUGUGGUUGUCAACGCUGGCUCCCCUGCCCAAUCUCCGCGACUCAGCGCUGUCCCUUCACUCUAAAGCCGCUCGCGAGCCCUCCUGGGGACCGACCACCAGGAGGCUGCUGGAGAUGCAAGAUUUGGACCAGCACCUGACUGGCACCCUGACAGAUCUCUCUGAAUAAAUGAAUGAAUGAGCAGGCUGCAUCCUGAUUAGGUUAAGGUGAGUCGCCAUGCUUGGCUUUGGCUCCACCCCCUGGGAUGAAAGAUGAGAGGCGGCCACUUGGACAGCUCCUUCAUUGGGGUCUCAGACUGGGAAGCCGGCGGCGGGCGGGUGUUGUUCCACAGAGCUCCUACAUUUGUUAUAGUCGAUGACCCACUAUGUUGCCACCUUCUCCCAAGGACCUCCUGCUCCGUCCUUGACCGAUGGGCCGCAGUGGGCCUUCCCAAGCUGGACUCAAGCCCUGAGAUGACUCUCAAAAGGAUUCCAGGCCUGGGAGACCUCAGCCAAACGAGGCAGAGAAACAGUCAGACAACUGUCAAUGCAUGGUGCCUGUAGAGUUUUGCACAGGGUCCUUCAGAAGGAGGGUUAGGGAAGCCUUCUUGGGGGUCAUGGCAGUUAAGCAAAAUGGAUAACAAAAUCAACCACUAUGUCUGCCUGUUUUCUUCAUUUCAUCUUCACAACAGCCCUGAGAUGGGUGCUCUUUUUAUAACUGGGGUAUACGUUGGGGUUCAGAGAGAUUAAGUGCUCUUUCACCAUGAACAAGUGACAGAGCAAGGACUUGAACCCAGUUUACUUGAUGCCACCGCUGGUCUUAACCUCCAUGUUAUUAGCAUAUUGGGCAAGUGAAACCACAUUAGCCAAGAAGCUGGGGUGAGAAACAGCACAGUAUAGAGGAGAGGACUGCAGAAAGGCAUGAUGUUUCUGGAGCACAGAAUUCUACUCAUGAAGACAUGAGUGGAGGCAGGAGGGGACACUGGAAGCCAUGGAGGGCCUUGUCAGCUGCCAAGACCAGUUCGGUCACAGACACCCCAACCCAGGCGGCACUGAAGGAAUUAAGAAACAGACACAAAGAGCAAAAGGUGGGGCAUCGGGGGCUUCAGCCUUCCCAGCUGAGAGCCUUGAACAGAGUUUGACCCACAUAUUUAUUGACAGCAAGCAAGUGAUAAUCAUCAUUACUGCAGUUUAUAGAUUAACUAAAAUCAUUCUUCACAGGAACAAAGCAUUCUUUCCUAGUGGCGAUAAACAGGCUCUGAUGCAUAUGUCUACUGCAACUGGAACACAUUUUCAGGGCACCAGUUCUGGAAUGCCUUUAACUGGUCUUCCACCCAGGAAGGGUCAGGUAUUUCUUUCCCUCGCUCCAGUAAACCAACAACCUCCAGCAAUGUGCAUCACUGCCAUCAUAAGUAUGUUACAGUGCUAUAGACAUUUUGUUUGUGGCCAGUUGCUUUAAGGCCUGUUGCCAGCAAUAAACCACAAUAAGUAAUGUGGACCUGGUCCUGAUGGUGGUGAGGGGAUGGCCCCCGAUCCAGAGGUUUAUCGCAAGGGAGCGAUUCAACCUCUGUCUGCCACAGUCAGGAGGAAGGAUGCAGUGAGAGAGGGAAAGUGGAGAGGUGGGUGGUGGGUGCAGUCUACUCCAGGUCAUGCUUCUUAACAUGUUUCUCAUUAUGUAUACACAGAAAAAGAUUCCUGUUGUAUGACACACUGGUUGACAAAGGAGGGGGGCUGUUUGCAGGUGGAAACAACCAACCCAGGGUCUCUAGCCAUGCGAAGAUUCUGCACAGCCAGCCCUGAGGCUGAGAAAUCCCAGGCACAUGCACACCAGUCACAGCAUACCUGGACGCAGAUAAUGAUAGUGGAGAAUGAACAAGAGCUGGGUUCAAGGAAUAAUUAGCAAGCAAACUUGGCAUUACAUAGUGAAGGGACAAAGGAAAAGGGAGAUAGCACCUGCAUUUCACCAGGGGAUUCUGGACUAAAUUGGGUAAAUUAUAUGAUACGGUUUUGCUUUGUGUCCCUGCCCAAAUCUCAUCUUGAAUUGUAAUCCCCAGGUGUUGAGGGAGACACCUGGUGGGAGGUGAUCGGAUCAUAGGGCAGUUUCCCCCAAGCUGUUAUCAUGACAGUGAGGGAGUUCUCAUGAGAUCUGAUGGUUUCAUGAGCAUCCAUCUUUUCCUCCACCCACACUCUCUCCUGCCACCUUGUGAAGAAGGUGCCUACUUCUCCUUCUGCUAUAAGUUUCCUGAAGCCUCCCCAGCAAUGUAGAACUGUGAGUCAAUUAAACCUUUUUUAUUUAGAAAUUACCCAGUCUUGGGUAGUUCUUUAUAGCAGUGUGAGAACAGAUUAAUACAGUAAAUUGGUACCAGAAGUUUAGCACACAAAUACAUGGUAGUUCCCUCAUUGCUGCAGGGAACAUGGGGACAGAGCUGUUUCCAGGGAAGAUGAUGAGUUCUGUUUGGCUGCCAUGUGUCUGAAUUAGGUUCAGAAGCCUAACAGGCAGUGGAGCAGGGCAUAGGGGUCAGACAGACUGGGUCCAACUUCUAGUUUCACCAACUUAUUAGUUCUGCUAACUUGGGCAAAAAACCUGUUUAUUUGUCUGUAAGACAGGAAUAAGAAUAGGUUUGCAGAGCCUGAGGUGGGAGAAUUGCUAAAGCCUGGGAAGCAGAGGUUGCAGUGAGCUGAGAUCACACCACUGCACUCUAGCCUGGGUGACAGAGUGAGACACUGUCUUAAAAAAAAAGUGGGUGGUGGGGGGAUAGGGUUAUAAAGUUGUGAUAAUUAAAUAAGAUGAGGUACAGAGCCUGGAAGGUAAUAUGCACCUAAUAAAUGUCAGUACUAUUAUUAUUGUUAUAUUGUUUCUUAUUAAUAUCAGUAAAUCUGAAGCUCAGAAAAGAAGCAAUUUCAGAAGUCAUAAAGUAGAAACUGAAACCAUAAGAAUAAAUGAGAUGAUCCAGAAAGAGUGUGUUUGGAGGAUAUUGAAGACCAGGAGUAUUGACAUUUAAGGGGUGGGCGGAGGAAGAGGGGCCUAAGAACAAAUGGCCAGGGGAUGAGAGCCUGUGGAAGUCACAUGUAGCAACCACACAGCUGAUCCUCUGCCUCCUUUCUCCUUCCUAACAGAACCUGUUGUUAGGGUAAGCACCCACAGUCCCAGUUCCAACACCAGAGACGCAGAUCUGUGGAUCCAACGUAGCAUCUGUAGCAGCUGGGACAUUUUCCAGGUUUUGGGCGCAGUAGUCGGAUCUGAAGAUGGCAGUCAGGGUGCUUUGGGGUGGCCUCAGCCUGCUCCGAGUGCUGUGGUGUCUCCUUCCACAGACAGGCUAUGUGCACCCAGAUGAGUUCUUCCAGUCACCUGAGGUCAUGGCAGAGGACAUCCUGGGCAUUCAGGCCACCAGGCCCUGGGAGUUUUACCCCAGCAGCUCCUGCCGCACGGUGGUCUUCCCCCUGCUGAUCUCUGGCUCUACCUUCUGGCUGCUCAGGCUCUGGGAAGAGCUAGGCCUGUGGCCUGGCCUGGUGAGUGGCUAUGUGCUGCUAGUGGGGCCCCGACUCCUCCUCACUGCCCUCUCCUUUGCCCUGGAUGGGGCGGUGUACCACCUGGCCCCACUGUGGGGGGCAGAUCGCUGGAACGCCCUGGUCCUGCUGUCUGGUUCCUACGUCACCCUGGUCUUCUACACAAGGACCUUCUCCAAUACCAUCGAGGGACUGCUCUUGGCGUGGCUGCUGGUGCUGGUAUCCUCCCAUGUUAUGUGGGGCCCCACACCCAAGGAGCCUGCGCCGGGUCGGUGGUGGCACAACUGGCUUCUUGGAGCCAUCAUGGCUGCUGGCUUCUUCAACCGGCCCACCUUUCCGGCCUUUGCUGUGGUCCCGCUCUACCUCUGGGGCACUCGUGGAGCCACAAACCCUGGCUUGAAGUCCCUGACCCGAGAGGCUCUGGUGCUGCUGCCAGGGGCGGUCCUCACAGCAGCGGUGUUCGUGGCCACGGACAGCUGGUAUUUCUCCAGCCCCACUACAUCCAGUACCCUUGUCCUUACACCUGUCAACUUCUUACACUACAACCUGAAUCCCCAAAACCUGGCAAGGCAUGGCACACAUGUGCGGCUCACUCACCUGGCAGUCAACGGCUUCCUGCUCUUCGGGAUGCUGCAUGCCCAGGCCCUGCAAGCCGCGUGGCAGCAGCUGCAAGUCUGCCUUCCGGCCUGUGCACAGAGGAGCCUUCUGAGGGCGCAGCGUGCCCGGAGUCUGCUGUCCAGCCCCAGGUUGUAUCUCCUUCUCCUCUACUUCACGCCCCUGGUCCUGCUGUCUGCCUUUAGCCACCAGGAGGCUCGGUUCCUGAUUCCCCUCCUGGUCCCCCUAGUCCUGCUUUGUAGUCCACAGACCCAACCUGUGCCUUGGAAGGGUACCGUGGUCCUCUUCAAUGCCCUCGGUGCCUUCUUCUUUGGCUGCCUACAUCAGGGGGGCCUGGUGCCCGGCCUAGAGUACCUGGAGCAAGUGGUCCACGCCCCUGUGCUCCCAAGCGUGCCUACCCACUACACACUCCUCUUCACCCACACCUACAUGCCUCCCCGGCACCUCCUUCACCUCCCAGGCCUGGGGGCACCAGUGGAGGUGGUGGACAUGGGUGGGACUGAGGACCGUGCCCUGUGCCAAGCCCUGAAAAGCUUUACCAGACAACCAGUCUGCCAAGUGGCCGGUGGGCCGUGGCUCUGCCGCCUCUUUGUGGUGACCCCUGGCACCACCAGGCGUGCCGUGGAGAAGUGCAGCUUUCCCCUCAAGAAUGAGACUCUUUUAUUUCCCCAUCUGACCCUGGAGGAUCCACCAGCCCUGUCCUCCUUGCUGAGUGGGGCUUGGAGGGACCACCUCAGUCUUCACAUCAUGGAGCUGGGGGAAGAAGCCUGACAACAUGGCAGAGCAGCCGCUGCCCAAGGUUCAGCCAGAGAAGAUGCCGCUCCACCUUCUACUUGGGUAGCUGGGCUGGGACACUGGGACAGAGCCCUGGUUCUCCUUCACAACUCUCACUGCUGCCUUUCCUGGGCAUGGCCAUUGGCUGUUCUGCCUUCUGGGUGAGCUGGCACUCUUCUCCCUGUGACCAAAGAUCUGACCUGUCAGUCUUGAUGUCAAGGUCCCCAAAGAACCUGGUGUAAGCGAUGGCACCUGUUUCUACCCUAUUGCUUCCAGCCACUGUGAUGUCUGAAAAAUAUAAUAGCACCUGGUUGUGAAAAAAAACAAUGAACUGCUAGUGACAUUCCUGAAUUGCCGCUCCCAAACUUUCCAUGAUGCCUUACCUCUUGCUGUCAUGACAACCCUCUGGCUUCCUAAGACUGAUCUGGCUAUCCAAAUACAUGGAAGUCAGUGUGAUGAAGUUUAGAGAACGGACGGUCCAGAUCCAGGGGACCCAAGCGCUAGUCCCUUGGUCUGUUACUCACUGUGAGUGGAAGGGAAAGUCCCUUCCACUCACCUGCCCCUUCCCAAUGUGUUGACAUCAGAGGAUCUUUGAGGUGUCUGCCAGCUAACAUCGUGUCAUUCCUGGAGUCCACAGGCACAUCUCUCACAAAGCUCUUUAAGCACGGAAGUGGGGGUUGUGUUGUACUUCAUGGCACCCUGAUGCCUGCUGUCUCAGUGUUUGGUUAUUAUGCAAACAAGUGAUGUUUGAAAUAUAUAAUAGCACCUAGA